AUGUUCACCUCAACGGCUUCGAAACAAACCUCCUCUUCCCAAUCGACUCGAUCAUCGUUAACGAGUUCGAGUAUUGGACAAGGAGCCACCUACAAUGGAACUUCUGCUAUUGGUCAAGGAGCUCGAGUGAGCUAUGUUGAGUCGCCGAGAAGUCCCCGAACACCCAUGCAGGGCCAUCUUGGCACGAGAACAUCAAGCUCAAGAACCCAAGUCUCGACUUAUACUGGAUCUCGAGGAGGGAGUACUGGUGUUGGAGGAAGUGGCCGAGUGUUGAAAAUGGUGACCGAAAUGGGUUCAACGGCGAUGGCAACAACAGCUUUGUCGGACAAAGUCGCGAAGAGUUUCCUUGAGGCCACGGAGAAAGAGAAACAAGAUCUGCAGCACUUAAACGGCCGCCUUGAAAACUACAUUGGUCGGGUGAAGAGAUUGGAGGAUCAAAAUAGAAGACUCGUCGAAGAGCUGGAUCAAUUGCGCGGUCAAUGGGGAAAAGACACCUCAGCUAUCAAGGUGAAAUAUACUGAUUCUCUGUCGAAAGCUCGAAAGGACAUCGAUGAUGCGGCGAGACAGAAAGCCGAGAUUGACGUGAAAGUGGCUCGUUUGAGGGACGAUUUGGAUGAAUAUAGAGGACGAUACGACGAGCUUCACAGUCGACAAGAAAGCGAAAAGGGAAAGUACCAGCAAUGGACAAGUGCGAUUGCUGAUGCACAAAAUGAGCUUGAGAUGCUUAGAGCCAGAUACAAGCAGUUGAACGACGAAGAGAAACGACUCAACGGGGAAAAUGCUCGACUCUGGGAUGAAGUGCAGAAAGCGCACGCCGAUUUGGACGAAGAAACGACUGGCCGAAUCGGUUUCCAAGAUCAAGUUCAGACUCUAAUGGAAGAACUCGAGUUCCUUCGCAGAAUUCACGAACAAGAGAUCAAGGAAUUGCAAUUCUUGUUGUCCCAGGCUCCGGCGGAAACUCGGGAGUUCUUUAAGAACGAGUUGGCUUUGGCGAUUCGUGACAUCAAGGACGAGUACGAGUUCAUCGCGACUCAAGGCAAACAAGAUAUGGAGAGCUGGUACAAGCUCAAGGUCUCUGAAGUGCAAUCGUCCGCAAACCGCGUGGUUUCCGAGGGCGGACAUCAGCGCGAAGAGGUAUCUCGAAUGCGUCACAGUAUGGCUGACAUGCGCGGAAAACUCGGCGAUUUGGAGGAGAAGAACGCUCGUCUUGAGAAAGAAGCACAAACGCUCCAUAGUCAACUCGAUGAUGACCAUCGUCAAUACGAGGAUGCCAUCAAUUAUCGUGACAGAGAGUUGCGCCGACUGAGAGAAGAGUCACAAAGAUUUCAUAUCGAGCUCCAGGAGUUGUUGGCUACCAAACAAAUUCUGGACGCUGAGAUUGCCAUUUACAGAAAGAUGAUGGAGGGUGAGGAGAGCCGUGUUGGCAUUUAUGCUGAAAAAGUCGCUACGAGAAGCACUGUGGAGGAAAAUGAGAGCCAUAGCAGCAAUGAGAUCCGAACGACGACCCGCUUUCAUCGAUCAGCACACGGUAAUGUAACAUUCGGUGAUUGCGACUGGCACGAUGGUACCUUUAUCUCCCUCCAAAACACUCAUGGAAGCAAGGAUGAAGACCUAAGUGGAUACAAAGUGUCACGAAAAUUGGAUAACAAUCAAUACAUCAACUAUGUUCUUCCAGAAAAUACUGUUCUCAAGGCUGGCAAGACGUUGAAGCUUUACGCUCGUGAUCAUGGACCCCAUUCACCACCGAACUCCCUUGUGAAUGCCGCUGAUGAAACCUGGGGACUCGGCGCUAAUGUUGUGACAACAUUGUUUAACAAAGAAGGCGAGGAAAGGGCAACUCUUGCACAAAAAACCGCUUCCACUCAAACUCCUAUC